GCCUCCUCGCGGCCACCGGUGAGACUGACAGUUGUCAUUAUGGCGGUACUGUGUGGGAAUGUUGCAUUUUCCCGACAAAUUCUGGCCAAUAUUGCGUUAUCUUUUGUUCUGAUCACAAAGUUUUAGACUUCAUCUCAGAGCCUUUGACACAAAGAUUUGACUGAUUUCAGUAUCAUUUUCCAUGGCGAGUUGUUUACCUGGAUCAUUGAGCUGAUGUCGUUAUUAGAUCAACAUGGCAGAGGACAUAUACACUGAGAUGGGCAGUGAAUUUCCUGGUGGCUAUUUCGGAGAUGAGGGAGGUGAUAUCGACCAUCUUCUAAAUGAGGGCGUUGAUGAAAUACCGAUUUACACACGAAUCUCAUUGCCUGAGCUUUUGGAUAAAUGUAUUCUGCCAACUUUACAACAAGCAUCUGUCCAUGUGGUACCCAGUGUUGUUCUGUGUUUGCUUUGUAAAUUCAUCAGUCACACCGUGGGAGAAGGUUUUGAAGUGACUGGUCUCUCGUUCCUUCCACGCCAGUUAAUCCAUUUGAGCUCAGCUUUCAUGGGUCUACUUCUGCUGCAUCUAUUUUUCCAAGAACACAUCGUCUUCGUCAUCGCUCUUGCUUUCAUUUCAUAUAUCUUGCUGAUCCUGGGCAAAGCUAAGUUACCAGGCUAUUGUGGAUUAUCAACAGCUGUGGUGGUUGUCUCUUACUUAGUAAUAUGUGAAAUAUUUGUUGUGGAUACAACUGAGUGGCACCGAAUCCGUGGUGCCCAAAUGGUGCUAGCUAUGAAGGUGAUAUCGGUGGGCUUUGACAUGGACAGUGGCUUACUACUCAAGGCGCCAGGAAUCUCAGAGUUCAUGGGUUAUGCCUUCAAUGUAGGAACAGUGAUCUUUGGGCCCUGGAUCAGUUUCCUUGACUACAUGACAAUACUUCAGCUCAGGGAGAGAAAAAUGACGUUUUACUGGGUGGCUAAAAUGGUGGGCAGUUUCCUGUGGGCGAUGUCGUGUGUGAUCAUCUCAACCUGCCUGGUGCACUGGGUCAUCAUCGAGGGAUCCUGGAAAUGGUUCCUUGCCUACCGGGACGCACAGUCAUUUCGCUUCAGCCAUUACUUUGUCAGCUUCCUCUCUGAAUUAACAAUAACAAGUGCAGGCUUAGGAGCUUCCCGGGUGUCCAAUGGUGAAGUGAAAUGGGAUAUUUCUGUAGCUCGCCCGUUCCAUAUAGAAAUGCCUCGAUCAUUGGUAGAAGUGGUGACCAACUGGAAUCUUCCUAUGCACUACUGGUUAAAAACAUACAUCUUUAAGACAACUAGGAGAUUGGGGACAUUUGUCGCUGUCAUAUUCACAUAUGCUGCUAGUGCAUUAUUACAUGGUCUCAACUUCCAACUGGCAGCUGUCUUAUUUUCUUUAGGAUUUUAUUCUUAUGUUGAAUAUGUGUUAAGAAAGCGACUAUCUGAAAUCUUCAGUGGCUGUAUACUAGCAAAAAAGUGUAAACCGGAGUGUGGUCACAAACAUAAAGCAGGCAGUCUUUAUGUGGCCCUCGCCAACCUAGCCUUUGGUCUCUUGGCUGUGUUCCACCUGGCCUACCUGGGGUUGAUGUUUGACAGCAGUUCACAGCAAGAGAAGGGUUAUACAAUGGAACACACCUUAUCCAAAUGGGCCAACUUGGGCUACACAAGUCAUUGGGUGGCCGUGGCAUGCUACAUGUUCUACCUGCUCAUAUGAAGGAUCACAGGAGACUUGGAGGAAUCUUAUGCUAUGGGCGACAAAGGAGAAAGUGUACUUUACUCUACUCAGCUCCAACAAAGGAAGUCUUUUCUGCCCUGUCUUUUCUAAUUUCUAGCCGAAACAUUCAAUUUGUUCUUCCAUGAGUGUGGGGCUAUUCAUAAGGACACAUGCAUAAUCUGAUGGACAAUUGUUGUGGUAUUGGCGUUGAUAUAUGAAAUGGAUCACAUGGUCUACUUUGUCACGCAUGGUGUGUAAUGUGGACAACCACUAUCUGGCCAACGAGAUCAGUAAAAUGAUUUCAGAUGGUCUUCUCCAAUCUCAAAAUGAUUGAUUGUAAACAAUAGAAAGAUACUUCCUAGGCAAAGUGGGCAGUCGUGUGCCAUCAACUCUCUGAACGUGCUUUCUUGAAUGGUGGUUUGUACCAGUGUGUACAUUGCAAAUGGGUGCUGCUUGUUUGUUGAUUCCUUGUGUUUUAACGUGAAUUCUCAAACGAAUGAGGGCCCCCACUGUAAAAUCUGUCCAAACGAGUGUGUUAAAAGCGAGCCUUUCCGACUUAUGUUGUCUUUCUAGUCCUAAUGAAAUAAGCAUUUGGAUUGUCUGUGUGGUGUUCAGCAAGAAAGGUUUGUUGUGCUCUUGGGCCUUUCAAAAUCAAAACCAGUUUUUUUCAAGGCGGGAUGAAUGUAUAAGCGUGCCACUACAAUUAUACGCCAAGUGGGUUUAUUGGCCUAGUGAAUCCGACUUCGGUGAGAGGUUUAGUCCCCACAAGCUACUCUUGUUUCUCUCUUGGUGGGGUCUUUGGCCUGCCCUGGCACAGACACCAGAUAAAAGGAACCUCGAUUUUAAGUCUCAUUCGAAGGACUGUAAAGAGCCAGGAAUUUUAGUUCCUUGAGAGCCACGCCGGUUCAUCCAGAAAUACAAUCCUGCGAUCGAACCCGGGCCCUUUUGUGUUGAGCCAGCAGUGUUAACCACUAGGCUAUGAAGCUCCCUAGUAUGCUAGUAAAUGGUGAGUUUGUGUCUUGCUAUUCUAACAGCUCUAAAGUCUUGUCUCAACCUUUCAUCGGAAUCCAUUCUAUCAGCUCUGAUGUCUCAUAUUAUACUUCAACUUUAACAAUACACUUUAGACAUAUUUCAUGUUUUGUUUAUUCUCCUGCAAACAAUCUUGUGUGUUUCUUGUCUUAACCCUUUGCAGUAAUUUCAGUUUUUAAUAUAAUGUUCAAUGAAUUAACACUCGUACAUAUUUCACACGAAAAAUGGAGGACAAUUUGGACAGGAGCUGUCCUCCUUCUAAAUGGUAAUGAUGUUAAAGUGAAAGCUGACAGUUCUAGCUCCUAGCUCAUCAGCUGAUUCAAUACUUAUCGCAAGAUGUGAAGUGGUGGUCUUAUUACCAAUUAUGCAGUUCAUUUUGAGAGAAAUCAAAACAUAUACCCUAUGUAUUUUGGGGGUAUUUUUUAUUUGUAUAGAACUUGGUACUUGUAUGUUGGAGCAAACAUUUACACAGAGUUGUGGGCACACAUGAACCAUGGAGGUAUCAAUACCUCCAUGCAUGAACCGACUGAUACUGUCCAACAGUCUGCCUCCAGCAGGAACCACGACUCAAUAUCUGUGCUGGAGAGAUUCGCUAUUGUUUGUAACCAUGGUAACAGUUGUUUUAUGUUAACCAAUUGUAGUGUUGAGUUCUCAAGACUAAAAUGUAUUAAAAAAGUCAAAAAAUUAUAUAAGU